GAUUAUUUUAUCUUUCUUUCUCUCUGUCCUGUUGUUUUUUCAGAAACAAAAUUAAAAACUUUUGGUGAAUUUACAGAUGUGUGUUGUAUUAGAUGCACGAAUACACACACACACACACACUUCACUGUCUCUGCGUGUAGUAAGUAGUACUAAUAUAUAUAUAUAUAUAUAUAUAUAUAAAUACUAAUAAACUCUCUGAUCUGAUCUACUUUUAUACUACUAUCUUUUUUAUCUAAAUCAAAUGAAUCACAUACGUUCAUGUCGAUUCGAUUGAGAUACUACUGUCUCACUCUCUCUCUUGAUUGAGUUGCUUGACCCUUGAAACUCCAUAGCUUUUUUCUCUCGAGUUGACUCAUUGAGUUGACAAAGAUUCAAUUUUUGCGAGAGUAUGUUUAUAGAUGGGAGGUCAAUGCUCUAACCUCGGUUGCUGUCGCAAAUCAUCACACAAGACAGCUGUUCUCGAAGCUCCUCCUCAUCUUGAGAAUGGAGACAAUAGUGACGUCACCGACGUGCCUGCUUUUCGUGAGUACACAUUAGACCAGCUCAAGUCAGCUACUUCUGGCUUUGCCGUGGAAUAUAUUGUCUCUGAGCAUGGUGAAAAGGCUCCUAAUGUCGUCUAUAGAGGGAAGCUGGAGAACCAGAAGAAGAUUGCAGUCAAGCGUUUCACGAGAAUGGCAUGGCCUGACGCUCGACAGUUCCUCGAGGAAGCGAGGUCCGUUGGUCAGCUGAGGAGUGAGAGGAUGGCUAAUUUGCUCGGCUGUUGCUGCGAAGGUGACGAGAGGUUGCUUGUGGCUGAGUUUAUGCCCAAUGAAACGCUAGCCAAACACCUUUUCCAUUGGGAAACACAACCUAUGAAAUGGACAAUGAGGCUACGUGUUGUUUUGUAUCUAGCACAAGCUCUUGAGUACUGCACCAACCAAGAGCGUACUCUUUACCACGACCUCAAUGCUUACCGCGUGUUAUUUGAUGAGGAGUGCAAUCCAAGACUUUCUACUUUUGGCUUGAUGAAGAAUAGUCGAGAUGGGAAAAGUUACAGCACCAAUCUUGCUUUCACCCCUCCUGAAUAUCUCCGAACUGGGAGGAUUACUCCAGAGAGUGUGAUAUACAGCUUUGGCACUCUUCUGCUUGAUCUUCUCAGCGGAAAACAUAUACCUCCUAGCCAUGCACUUGAUCUGAUUAGGGACAGAAAUCUCCAGACGCUGACUGAUUCAUGCUUAGAUGGGCAAUUCUCUGACAGCGAUGGCACAGAGCUAGUACGCCUGGCUUCUCGUUGUCUGCAGUACGAAGCUCGUGAGAGGCCAAACCCAAAAUCUUUGGUCACUGCCUUGACGCCACUUCAAAAGGACACAGAGGUCCCAUCCCAUGUUCUAAUGGGUCUGCCCCACAGUGGCUCGGUGUCUCCCCUGUCCCCUCUUGGUGAGACUUGUUCAAGAAAGGACCUGACCGCUAUGCUUGAGAUAUUGGAGAAACUUGGAUACAAAGACGACGAGGGUGUCACCAAUGAGCUCUCGUUUCAUAUGUGGACAGACCAGAUGCAAGAGUCUUUGAACUUUAAGAAGAAGGGUGAUGUAGCUUUCAGGCAAAAAGACUUUAGAGAGGCCAUUGAGUGUUACACGCAGUUCAUAGAUGGAGGAAUGAUCUCUCCAACAGUGUGUGCACGGCGUAGCCUGUGUUACCUAAUGAGUGACAUGCCUAAAGAAGCAUUAGACGAUGCAAUUCAAGCACAAGUGAUCUCUCCCGUGUGGCAUGUGGCGUCUUAUCUCCAGUCUGCUUCCCUUUCCUUCCUUGGAAUGGAGAACGAAUCACAAAUCGCACUUAAAGAUGGCUCUAACCUUGAAUCUAAGAGGAACUGAGCUAAG